AGAAGAAUAACAAUUUAAUCAAACGUUAUAAAUGUUAUGACGGAGCAUUGAUAGCUGUGACGUAAAAUUUGAAAGAACCGUGUAUGUGUACGCACGGGUACGUACUGCGAUUACGAGGUGAAAAAAUCUAAACACACUUUUAAUAACUUCUGAAUAAAGGAUACAACGAAUUUGUAGUAACAAUUAUGAAAAUAGCCCUACAUUUUAUUUCCGUCACUGCAGAAUGAUCGUUAGCCUUUUUCUACCCAAGUCUGUCGCACAUGUAUAUAUAUAUAUAUAUAUAUACUGUAUACACAUAAUAAGUUCUGCAGGGGUAGCGCGUGAAAAUGAUGAUAUCGAAAAAUAAACGAUUAAUAUUUCGCAGGACGCACAUGAUUUGCGCACGACUAUUGGUUACCGGUCCUCCGCCCGCUAAACGAAUCGCACGGGCGCACGGCGGCAUGCAGAGUUGUUCGAUUUUUUCGCUCGUUCGAAACGUGCGAGCGGGUGGUGUUUGCGUGCUAGUACGGUAUGCACGUGCACGUGUAUGUGUACGGGCGCAAUAUUUCUCCACGGUCGCGCGUCUGUGCGUGCAGCGUACCCCAUGUGUGCAAUAAUAAUGUACACUUAUAGCUUGCCGGGGAGCGUUCAGUCUCGCGCACGGAUUUAAUACGCACGCACGCGCUUAUGUGUGUGUAUAUUAUUAUUGUUGAAACGAGCGGACGCGAUAAGGGUGCGGUGCGCGGGUGCACGGAGGAGGGUGGAGGGGGUGGCAAAUGAAAUACUCAUGAAAACAAUCUGAACGACAACCAUUAUUCACGCCGUUAAAUCCUUAAUAUCGUUGCUAUUAGUUUGCGCGCGUCCGCCGCGGAUAUAAACGACAACGCGCGCAGGAUAAUGUACAAUAUACACGCGGGAGGAUGGCGCAGCAGUGGACGGAACGGGCGCGCGUGCGUACGGAAAACCCACCCGUCCGCGCGAAUCCGAUGCCACGCCCUCCGACCCCCCUGCUGAAGGGCAGCGAGUGCAGGACGUCGAGGAAAUCAAUUGUCGGGAGCGACAACGCGAGGACGCGCGCGCGCGUUCCGCUGCGGAGGGCGUGUGCAUAGCGCGAAAAUGGGAGUGGGCCAAUAGUCGGAAGGGAUGACGUGCGUGGCUGACACCGAGGAAGGUCGGGGCGCGGCGAUGGUAUCCUCGAGGGGCCCAUGAGUCCCGUUUCACAGCACGAUAAUAUACCUUAUUAUAACGCAUUCGCGCGCGCCACCGAUUUAUAUACAUAUAUACGUGUAUUAUAUGCGCGUAUAAUGUAGUCAAACGUUUUGCACGGCAGACGAGGAUACCCUCUGCGAAGAGAGAAAGAGAGACAGAGAGAGAGAGAGAGAGAGUGAGAGAGUGAGAGAGGCAGAGUAAACGAAAGGGAUGAUUGGAAGGAGAGGAACAGAUACCGUCGUCAGCCAAACCGGAAAGGACGUUCAAUAUUAAAAACCGAUUUACUCUCCUUUGCCGCCGCCUGCUGCUCCCCAGCCGCCGGCGGACCACGUUUAUUAAGCUCGUCCAUCGCCCGCCCCCAACGCCGACUGCUGUACCGUUGUCGCCUACCACUGGCCGUUGCUACUGCUGCUACUGCUGUUUUGCCGCUGCCGCUGGACCAUCGCUUCCGCUGCUUCCGCUUCUGUGCGUCGCUGCGGAUCCGUUGGUCGACACGCGUCACGUCCGAUAAUAUCUUACUGCCGUCGCUCGCACGUCCGCACGGAUCAUCCACAGGCGCGCGGCGCGCUAACGACAGUCCGUAUACACACGCGCGACACGCUCGUCGUCGCAGCACCGCAGUCCUGUACGCCGCGUCCGUUGCCACCGGUCGUUUUUGUCGUCGCCGCAGCCUUCUCACCGGAACUGAUCGUACACCGUGGUCGUCGCGUCACUGUCACGUACCUCAAUCUGUAAAACUGUAAUGGUUUGUAAUGAAAAUACACAAUCAUUGAACGAGAAAUGCACAACUCAACAUAUGCCUGUUUGUCAAGAUCGAAUAGUGCAAAUCAAGCAUUGACUGAACAGGAAAGCGUAGAACGCCAAAACAAUUUAAUGUUUACUAAAUUGCCAUUACCUAAAUUAGAAAAUGAUUUACAAAACUAUAAUUUGAGAUUGGACACGAGACCAAACUCAGAACAAAAUAAAGAUGGUUCAACCGACCAAACCAUUAGACGAUACAGAACAGCUUUCACUAGAGAACAGUUACUCAGAUUAGAAAAAGAAUUUUACAAAGAAAAUUAUGUGUCCCGGCCAAGAAGAUGUGAGCUGGCCACUGAAUUAAAUCUUCCCGAAUCGACAAUAAAGGUUUGGUUUCAAAAUCGAAGGAUGAAGGAUAAACGUCAAAGGAUUGCCAUGGCGUGGCCAUACGCCGUGUACACGGACCCCACAUUCGCAGCCACAGUGUUGCAAGCGGCUGCGGCUAGCGCUCACGCCAACGGCACGCUGCCCGACAUAGCGGCCAUCGCCAACGCUUACCAGUACUCGGCAGCCGCAGCGGCCGCGGCCGCGGGUCCGUCGUACUUCCACGGCGCCGCCGGUACAGGUGGCGGUGGUGCCGGCGAUUACGGUAAGUUCCAACCGCAGCACUACGUCGGCCCGGUGCCACCGGGACCGGGACCGGGACCACCGACGCAUUCACUGCAGCAAAUGAUGAAGAAACCGUUCGGUCCGUUCAUCGGCCACCACCAUCAUCACCACCAUCAUCAGUUCGCGGCCACGGACGUGUCCUCGGCUGAGUGCAACAACGGGCACCAUCACGCGGUGACGUCCGCUGGUUACGACGGUGCCAAGACCACGGCGGCCGCGGACCCGAAGGCUACGACGCCGAUGACCACCGUGGACAGUAGUAACAAGACGUCUUCGUCGUCAUCGUCGUCGGCCGCGGAUGCCACGGACUUCACCGGUGCGGCCACCGGUACGAGUUGCAAGUGCGGCAUAGUGGACUGCGUGUUGACUACUAACGGCAAGCCGGCCAACGGUAUCGGUGGUAGCGGUGGUAUGGGAGCGUCAACACCUCCGGCCACAGUCGAUCGGUUGCCGCCACCGCCGCUGCAACCGCCACCAGCUUCCGUGCAGUCGUUUUUCAUGACUUCCGGUGGUGCACCGGAAACCGGCAGGGACGACUUACAGUCGGCUGAAUGUUCGUUGGCCGUUCACAAGCACGUCUAUCACAAGGAGUUUACUAAGAACAAGUUGUUUCAGCCUUACAAACCGGACGUCACAACCGCGAAGCUUAACUUGUAAUUCACGAACAACUGCAUUUGCACUUCGAUCGCGGCGACAAUGCAUCGAAAAUUAUUUGAUUGGAGCCCAACCAAACCAUCAGAAAAUUAUUUUCUCCUUACACCGUUUUUAUUUUUAUUCCUCUCCGCGUGCAGCGUUAUACGAUUUAUGAAGUUCGUUUGAAUUAUAAAAAUCAUUGACCGUUUAGAUCGUGAUAAUUCCAAUAUAAUAACUUGUGCUAUAACGUUUUAUGAAGGUCUCUUCCCAUGCGCAAAAGAAAAAUCUAAGUUUUUAGAUCUGUCAAUUAAUAUUAAUGUCAUUUAUGCCACAAUGGAAUAAAUAGUUUAUUGAUGGCUAUUAUUUUAUUCUCGUCAAAGUUCAUACGAGAGAUGGCAAAUUUGAAACACAUCAUUAGUCGUUGGAUUCGAUGAGGGCACAGUUUUUGACGUAAUUAUAUUAUUUAUAUUCUCAUUUUUUUAACUGAUAAUAGUGUUAUAAUA